AUGAAUCUCGCCGCCGUUCAGAUGCCUGAUCACGAUAUCGACGACUGUUCCGAUUUUCGACUCCCUGGCCUCGUCGCCCAUGCAGCCAACAACUCCCGUUUGAUCACGGCCAUGGCUUUCAGUUAUUCAGGCAUUCAGAAUCCGCGCCUUCUAGAGUGUCAUUUCCACGCCCCUUGGGGACAAUGCUUCGAUUAUCUCAUCCAGGACCUUGGACCUGAGACUUUUGUUAUCGCACAGCAGAAAUUGGCUCCAUUCGACCGUCUUUCGAUCCAGAAGUGGCUCAAGCAGAAGGUGGCGAAAAAGGAAGAAGCGAAGGAGCUAGAACGACAGCGGAAAGCCAAUAUGCUGGGAAAGCCAAUCGACGUAGCUGCACCACCCCCUUUUUCAACCCCGGGACCUCCUGAUGUCAUAAUGCUUGCUGACCAAGUGAAUGUUGGCGGGACCGACGCGGCCGACUUGGAAGGAGAGGAUGACGAAGAAGCAGAACUUCUAGCAGAAACCUCAUUUGAAACUCUUCCAGAUGCCAGGACGGAAGAAAAGGCUCCCGAUUUUUCUAUUUUCAAGGCCUUCAAGUUUCUCAAUCGCGAGACGGGCGACAUCAUUACUUCUGCAGAUUUCCCUCAGAAUCCGGCAGACUGGGAUAUCGUUCGUGUCGCCGCCGCAAGAGUCCUUCUGCUGGCAGAGCUCAAGCCUCCGCCGUCGCGGCAUUCAGAAGACGAAGGCGCCUUUCAGUUCGCACUGGACAAUAACAUUCGGAAAGCCAUGCUGCAGGCAUUUGAGCAAGCGGAACGUGCUUUCGCUGCCGAUGACAAGGUCGGCGCUCUGGUUGCAAUAGCCGUCUCCGGGGAGUGGUGGGCGUGGAAGUUAGUCAAGAGGGAGGACGCUAUUCCUUCACCAGUGUCACUAGAAAUGGAGCCGGCGGUGCCACCUGCCCCCCAACAACAGGAGGAGACCAGGAGAUCCUUGCGCCUUGAGAAGUUAGCAGCUCGGCAGGCUGAAGCGACUGCCCAAGACAGCCAGGAGCAGGCAAAAGACGGUCGGGGCCAGGGCAGUAUUGUGCUUCGUCUCAGAAGUAAGCCUAAGCAGUGGUACAAGGAGCCCGAUUCUGAUCCGGAUGGUGAAAACGACAACGACAAAGUCUCUGUCCGGCGCGCGACCUCUAAAAAGGGAAAGGAGCCAGACGAUAGAGUCCGCACUGUGUUACAGAAUGCAAAGCUCGGUUAUUCUGACCAAGCCAAGGCCACUGUUCUCGACGCGCUUCCAACUUCGGGAAAAUGGUCGGAUAUCAUGCGUCUUAGCACGCCGGCUUCCAAUCAGGCCUUCUACAUCCUGCAUUAUUUCAUUGAACACGGGCGACUACCAACGAGGGAACAGGCGCAGCCAGACAAUCCAGGCCCAUCAGGCAAUAGCGGAGAGUCACGCAAACGCACCGCCGAGUCGACCUCUGUCGAGGACGAACAGACCCUGAAGAAACAGAGGAUGGACACCAACGGGGAAGGGGAGGAUGUCACGAGCGACGGCUGUAUGACUCCUGCGAACGACGAUUGA